GGACGAGCGAGUGCAUUUUUCAAUGACUUUCAGCCAUCGUGUUUGCUAUUACAAUUUAUAGCGAGUGGCUUCAAGUGACUUCAGCGACAUUAAUGAUGCAAACGGCUGUUAUUUCCCGUACUUUACUGACUGUCUGGACGCCAGUUUUCAGUUCGCUGGCUGCACGGACGUGUUCGAAUUGCAGAGCAGUGCCUUACGGUGCCCGGCAAUACAGCGUGAUACCUCCAUCCACGAGCAGCGAAGAGAAAGCCAUGCUGGAUCGCAUGCUCCGGGUAGACCAUGCCGGCGAGUACGGAGCUAACCGCAUUUAUGCUGGCCAGAUGGCGGUUCUGGGAAGGAGUCAGUCCGCACCUCUCAUCCAGAGCAUGUGGGACCAAGAGAAGUACCACCUGCAGAAGUUCAAUGAGAUCCUGGCCGAGAACAGAGUGCGUCCUACGCUGUUGCUACCAUUGUGGAACGUCGCAGGCUUUGUACUUGGGGCGUCCUCCGCCCUGCUGGGGAAGGAGGGUGCCAUGGCCUGCACUGUGGCCGUGGAGGAGAGCAUCUCCGAGCACUACAACAGCCAGAUCCGGGCCCUGAUGGAGGCCAACCCAGACCGCUACAAGGAGCUGCUGCAGAUGAUUAAGGAGUUCCGUGAUGACGAGAUGGAGCACCACGAUACCGGGCUCGAGCAUGAUGCUGAAAAAUUACCUGGCUACUGGCUGAUGAAGACUGUGAUCCAGGCUGGCUGCAAAGCUGCAAUAUAUGUCUCUGAGCGGAUAUAGAGCAACAGUAAAUAGACUUUUUAAAAAGUUACCUAUUGAGGUUUUUUUUCCCCCUUACGAAUUCCACUUAUGGUUCUGUAAAUACUGCCUGAUGUGUCCGUAUUAAGGGGGAGUCAGACUACUGCAUUAGGGUCACUGGAAGCUUUAUGGUCCUUGACUAGCAGGCAUUAAACAUCAGGGAUGGUCAGUCUGAAAGUAGGCCUACUGCCUGCUGCUGGAACAUCACAGCAUUUCACUGCUCCCUUAUCUGUGGGUCAUGCAUGAACAAGUAUUUAUGAUAAUAAACAUUUCUUAUUUAUACUGUUAUCUGCAACCAAAAAACAUUUUUGUAUUUGUCUAUGGAAUAUCUGCAACCUGAUUCAUGCCUUGAAGUGAACAAGGGUCUUUCAUGCAGGAGAAAUGUUGUCGUUACAAGACUUGUUAACCUUUUUCCAACCUCUGAUCACCCUCUUCCAAGACAUUUCAUGAACAGGGAAGGGUGACCUUCACAACACCUAGCUGUGGAUUGGGUAAUAAUCAAAUCGCAGUUGGGACUGAACUUCCCCUGAAACAGUGCCAUACAGCUGGGGGAAUUUAACACCUUCUCCAGUCCCUUCUGUUUUAUUCCUCCUUCAACAGGACUGCAGAUCAGAAAAUACUUUGCCCCAGAGAAGGUAAUGCAACGCUUAAUGGCCCCCCGCUACUCUAUAAGGGGGUCUAGGGAGUUUUUAUUGACCGUUGUACCCUUCUGCAAAACCCGUGCAACGUUCGCUGUCAAAGCGUAAGUCAUUGGACGCUGUGGGACGUCAUUCCCGCUGGAGCGUGAAGGUGCGUGACGCCAGCGUGCUGACCGAUCGGACUACCCGCGGCGACUUGAAUAGAACGCUCCGCACAGGGAGGAUGUACUUACAUUUAUCUGUUCAGCGUCCUGAACUGGGUAUUGAUUGUUUGAAUGUUCUAAUUGUAAGAGUUUACAAAUUGUGUUGAUUUAAAUAAAAGUGUCGGUUUA